AUGCCGCCAACAAUGGAGACGGACUCCUCCACCUCCACGACGAUGCCUCACUUCCUCCUCUGUACCACUACUGUCGUCAUCGCCCUCAUCUCCCUCUUCCUCCUCGCCCACGCCCGCAACCGCAAGAACCCCAAGGCCGGCAGCCUCCCGCCGGGCCCGACGGCGCUGCUGUUCCUCGCCAAGUUCCUGGCGCUGCGGCGCUCCAUCUUCGACCUGGCCCCGCUGCUCCGCGACAUGCACGCGCGCUACGGCCCCGUCAUCUCGCUCCGCCUCGCGCGCACGCUCGUCUUCGUCGCCGACCGCCGCCUCGCGCACCGCCUCCUCGUCCAGGGAGGCGCCACCUUCGACGACCGCCCGCCGCCCGUCGACCCAAACAGCCUCUUCACCGCUGGGGGCCGCGACGUCGCCUCCUCCCCCUACGGCUCCUACUGGCGCCUCGUGCGACGCAACCUCGCGGGCGAGGCGCUGCAGCCCGCUGGUGUCGCCCUCUUCGCGCCCGCCAGGCGGUGGGCGUGCGACGGUCUCGUCGACCGCCUCCGUCGUCAGAGCGCUUCCGGCGGUGCAGGGGACGACGCCGCCGUCACGCUGCGGCCGUCCCUCCGUCGCGCCAUGUUCGAGCUCCUUGUGUACAUGUGCUUCGGUGCGCAGCUAGGCCAGGACGCGCUCGACGAGAUGGAGCGGCUACAGCACCGGGUGCUCGUCCUCUCGCUCACCACAUUCCCCAUCUUUGCCUUCUUCCCCGCGGUCACCAAGCGUCUCUUCCGCUCCCGAUGGGAGGCCAACGUCGCGCUGCGGCGGAGACAGGACGAGCUGUUCGUCCCUCUCAUCCACGCCACGCGCGGGAACGACGACCCGCCGUGCUACGCAGACUCGCUCCGCGCGCUGCGAGUGCCUGACGAGGGCGACCGUCAGCUCACGGACGCCGAGAUGGUCAGCCUCUGCUCCGAGUUCCUCAACGCCGGGACGGACACGACGGUGACGCUGGUGGAGUGGAUCAUGGCCGAGCUCGUGAACCACCCGGACGUGCAGGCCAAGGUGCACGAGGAGGUGAUCAGGUCAUCGUCCAAUCCGGGAGAGAACGGCGGCGGCGGCGACGUCCAGGUCCAGGCGAUGCCGUACCUCAAGGCUGUGGUGCUGGAGGGCUUGCGCCUGCACCCGCCGGGCCACUUCGUGCUCCCGCAUGGCGUGCGGACCGACAACGCCGACGUCUGCGGCUACGCGGUGCCUAGGGGUGCGGAGGUGAACUUCCUGGUGGCAGAGAUCGGGCGCGACGAAACGGUGUGGAAGUCGGCGCGGGAGUUCCGGCCGGACCGGUUCCUGGACGGAGGGGAGGGCUGCGGCGUCGACAUCACCGGUAGCCGGGAGAUCAAGAUGAUGCCUUUCGGCGCCGGGCGGCGCAUGUGCCCCGCCUACUCGCUCGGCAUCCACCACGCCGAGUACUUUGUGGCGAGGAUGGUGCGGGAUCUGGAGUGGCAACCGCCGGUGGAUGGCGUCGCGGUGGACAUGGCAGAAGAGGUAGACUUCACCGUCGUCAUGAAGCAGCCGCUCCGUGCACGCAUCGUCGCUAAGCAUUAG